AGGUGUUCUCGGUUAUCCAGUAACCAGACUUGAAUGGAGCAUAUUAUGUCUUAUUUUAUGACUAAUGCAAAGCGAAUUUAUUCAAUUUAAGCUAGUCUAGUAACAGAUAGUAACUUAGCCUUAUUUUUUUUUUAAAGCAAAUUGACUUAAAAAGUUAACUUUUAUAGUUUUUAAUAUACACUAUUAAUAUCAUUGCAUGAUUGUAAUAUUUUGAGUUAACUCCAAAAGAAAUGAGUUACUUAGAAGAAGUGUCUGAAGAAGUAAUAGGUAGUUCUCUUAUAAAUUCUGCCACCAAAUUUUACCAAGCUGCAACUAUGGCAGCACCUCCUUUAGUAUACGGGAAGUUGAAAAAUUGGUUGUCUGUUGACGAUGCUUGUUCACCUGCUGAUUUGGAACUUUGUGGGGGACAGAAAUUUGUCAAAAAGGUAGAGAAUGUGCGGAUGCUGGACAGAUACAACCUCAAGAGUCAAUCUCAGGGUGUGUUGUUCAUCACCCCCACCCACCUCAUCUUUACUGACCAUGUCAAUAAAAAGGAGAUGUGGGUGCUGUUCAUGCACAUAGCCAGUGUAGACAAGCUACCCCUGACUACUACUGGGUCUCCGUUACACAUCCGCUGCAAGAUGUUUCUCUCCGUUACCUUUGUGAUUCCUCGGGAACGCGACUGCCAUGAAGUCUAUACUAACCUACAACAGCUCUCUCAACCUGUCCACAUAGAAGAAUUGUACUGUUUCCACUACUCGUCGAGGGAUGACAUCCCCAAGGCAGCCGGGUGGAGCUACUUUGACCUCCAGUCGGAGUUCCAAAGAAUGGGCGUCCCCAACGAACAGUGGCACCUCAUGCCACUCAAUAAGUUUUAUGAAAUCUGUGACACAUACCCACGGGUGUUGUACGUUCCUGCCUCGGCCACCACCAACAUCUUGGUGAGCUCCAGUCAGUUCCGCAGCAAAGGCAGACUGCCCGUCCUCACUUACCUGCACACCAACAAGGCAGCUAUUUGUCGCUGCAGUCAACCAUUGUCUGGGUUCAGUGCUCGCUGUGUAGAAGACGAGCAGAUGCUAGACUGUAUUCUACAGACCAAUCCCAACGCCAAAUACAUGUACGUCGUAGACACCAGACCAAAGAUAAAUGCAAUGGCUAAUAGAGCGGCUGGAAAAGGAUAUGAAAGUGAGAACUUUUAUGAAAACAUCAAGUUCCACUUCCUUGGUAUUGAAAACAUACAUGUAAUGAGGAGCAGUCUUGCCAAAUUAAUAGAAACUUGUGAGCUGAAGUCUCCGUCAAUGAACAGUUUCCUAGCCGGACUAGAGUCUAGUGGAUGGCUGAGGCAUAUCAAGAGUAUACUGGACACUUCCAUGUUUAUAGCCAACGCAAUAGACGCAGGCAUCAGCGUCGUUGUACACUGCUCCGACGGCUGGGAUCGUACAGCACAAGUGUGCGCUUUGGCAACCCUGCUGUUGGACAGCUACUACCGUACGGUGCAGGGCUAUCAGGCCCUGAUAGAAAAGGAAUGGCUAGCGUUUGGUCACAAGUUCACCGAUCGCUGUGGUCACAUCGCUGGAGACCCUAAGGAGAUAUCUCCCGUGUUCACUCAGUUUGUAGAGUGUACGUGGCAGUUGUGUUGUCAGUUCCCCUCCGCAUUCCAGUUUAACGAGAGGUUCCUGCUGUGUCUCCACGAUCACGUGACGUCGUGUCAGUACGGAACAUUCAUCGGCAAUUGUGAGAAAGACCGGUUGGACUUGAGGCUACAUGAGCGGACAUACUCGUUGUGGGGCUUCAUGGCAAACCACAUGCAUGAGUACCUGAACCCUCUAUACUCGGAAACAGCUGUUCCUGGUAUGAUGCGACCCAACUUAGCACCACAAACCAUCAAGUUCUGGCGAGGCAUGUACUGCAGGUUUGAGAGUGGGAUACAUCCUAGAGAGAACCUAGAGGAGCUUCUGUUGACCUGUUGUGACCACUCCAGCUCUCUAGAAGACCACAUCAAGCUGCUGCAGAAGAGAAUCACAGCGCUGAAGACCAAGUUGGCCAGUGUAGGGGAGAGAGUCAAGUCUGAAGUUACCAAAGACAGUCCACAGACAAUAGACAAUAAGCUUCUUUAUGACAAAGUAGAAGAGAUUGCUAGGAUCGCAAACAGUAAUGAGUUUCAAGAUCCACUUGGUGCUAUUGAGAGAAAACUUUCCAGUGAUAAGGAACCUUUAGAUACAGUUUCAGUGGCCUGUGCCGUGGUGGGGGACGACCCUUUGAAGGGCAUCUCAUCUGGCAGUAUCAAGACUGAGCUUGAGUCCGUGGCCCUUGACUGGAAGCCCUUCCGCAACGUCAAGGAAUGUCAGUGUUCCACUCACUUUGACCACUUCAUGCGCAAGUAUCACUGUUGGAGGUGUGGAGAUGUCUGUUGUACGAGAUGUACAGAGAAGCAUGUUGAACUACCAGGACAUUUGUCUCAGCGAGCCGUGCCAGUUUGUACUCUAUGCUAUCGCAGAACUAAACACCCGAGUGAAGCGUCUCCUUAGCUGAUCCGUCGCUGGCGCCCGGUGGUUGCGCGAGUCAUGCCGCCACCACCGUCCCCGCGCCGCCAUAGAAAGCGCUUCUCUUUCAGUAGCGUUCGCUCCUUCCGGCUACGACACAUCCUACAUUAGCCGAUAGUCUAGCUCUACUUGUGAUAUUCGUACCAUCUAGAAUGUGAUCCACCUCGGUGAAUUUUGGUCUAUCCUUAGUUUUAUACUUUUUUAUUUAUCGUCUAAGCCUGAUUUGAGGUUAAUUUGUAUUGUUUCAAGCAAACUUAAUAUAUUGUACCAUUAUUUUUAAUGUGAACAUUCUGAUUUUGAUAGAAGAUGUUUGUAUCCAUCUGCUUUAUUCCUCUGUUUCCUUCAUGCAAAUUGUAACAGUCACUGUUUAAUGACAAAUUUGAUGGUGUUUUUGACCAAGUAUUAUUUUGUUACAAAUAAUUGCAGACAAUAUGUAUGUGAAUGCCUAAAUUUGAAGUCUAAAAUAAAACUAUGAUGGUUAUUCCAAAUUAAUAUGCUAUAAACAAAUUGGGAAAAUGGAAAAAAGUCAAAAUAUCAACAAAUAGAACAUAAUGCAGACACAAUGGAUGGACUUUAUGCCAACUCUUAAUCUGUAAUCUAUACAUUUGUGUAGCUAAGCUACGCAAGUAUAUAUUGUGUAAAACUUUCUUCCAGUUGCUCUUGGGCCACUUGGUUCCUUAGAAUAUAGUAUUUCUGCAAUUAUUGACUGUCAAAGCAGGAUAGGAUAAUAAUUUCAUCAUCUUUCCUUCAAGAAAUCAUAUCUUUUCUUUUACAUUCUUGAAAACUUGACAUCACAAAAGGAAAUGGGUCUGUAGUAUUUAUUCCACAAGUUGACUUUUCGAUAUUAUAAAUGAUUUAAAUACCUGCUAUUAGGCUAUCCAUUGCAAACUAGUUUCAGCUCCCAUGUGGAGCCACCAUCAGGUGGUAAGGAAAUUUUCCUGGUUCAUAUAAAGAGCGUCACAUUUAACAUGUAAGAAUAAGUAAACAAAUAAACAUUUAAAGACGACACAGUACUCAAACCGCGUCGGCUGUUAAAGUGUCGCAUAAGUGUUGUGUUGUCUUUAAAUGUUUGUUUUUUAAGGUUAAAUGUAACGCUCUUCAUAUGAAGAAAGAAAUCAUCCUUAGUGCUGCCUAAUGAUGUCUUCACGUUGGAGCCGGAAUUAGUUGCGUUUGCAAAUUGAACGGAUCACCUAACAGCAGGUAUUUAAAACUUUUCAAAUAUUAUUUGGUAAUCCGGAAGUUAACAUCAACACACAUUGUUGUCUACCCUAAUAUAACAGUUAUACCUUUUCACGACAUGUAUCUUUUAAGAAAUAAUUUAAAAUACAUGAUAUUUUAGUUGAGCAUUUCCUAUUUUAUAGGGGAAUUACUAAAAUAUUUAAUACCAAGUAGGGAUCAUCAAAACCAAUAAGUUUGAGUAAUCUUUGCAUGCAUUUUUGAUGCAGUUGAAAAAUGUUACCUCUUAUUUUGUGAUUUUUUUCAUAAAUAUAGCAAUGUAAUAUGUACCCUUAUAUUUAUAUAAAAUGUUUUAAAUCUAAUAUUUCCAAACAUUAAAUUUAUGGAUUUACUAAUUACUGAAAUAUUACAGCUUGUUACAAUUUUAUCUUUUAAGUAAGCUGAAGCUUUUUUAUUCCAACCAAUGUAAAUUAAUCAUUCAAGGCAAACUUGCCUUUGAAAAUUAAUUGUAAAAUGAUUAUGUGUAUAGCAAUAAAUAAACACAGCUUAUUCAGACAGUGUUAUUUUUAAGUCAAGCAUUUAAAAUCUAUCUUUAUAUAUGUAUUUUAAUGUACCCAAUGCCUUAUAUUGUUACUAUCAGGUACAUUAAAUCGUUUGUUUGAAAAUUUAAUGUUUAUGUAUUUUAAAUGUAAAUAUCACGCUGGUUUUGUUUUCCUGAGUGACACACAAAGCAAUUGGUGUAUAAUGUGUGUUUUCCCAAAGGUCAAGCAUUUUAAACAUUCCAUAUUAUAAGAUUAAAACAUAUAUUACAGUAUAUCCAAAUUUACUACAGUUAAGAGAAAUAGUGUCCAUAAUUGUCAAUAGAUUGAAAUAUAUUUCUCAGGAUUAUUACGAUAUUGUAUAAAUUAUUUUAUUGUAUUUAUGGAAUAUUUUUUACGUUAUGAGAUUAUGUUGUUGACAGUAAAUAAAAAUAUACAAUGUUGAAAAUGAC